CUUUGCGAUUCUAGAAUUAGGGUCGUAAUUUAAAAAAAAUAACAAAAUGUAUCGCUAUAUAUCAGAAUAAGGAUUCAAAACUCCAGCUAUAAUCAAUUCCCUAAAAAUAUUUGUCAGAGAUUUCAAAGAUGUUUCAUCAAUUUAAGCAACUAAAUUGAAUUCAGAAGAAAUCGCAUCAGCACUUGAAAUUCACUCACUAUAAUGGCAUCCAACGAAGGACACAACAAGAAUAAAGAAAGAAUUUAAGUUUAAUUCAUUUAAAAAGACAUUUGCAUUUAUGGGAUCCAUUUCAGCAGUUGCUGAAGAAAUGCAUCGUAUUAUAUUUAAUCUAAAUAUUUAUUAGAUUAUCCAAAAUGGACCUAAAAAGAAAAUGUUGUCAAUGUGGAAAUUACUACAAACGAUUGUUCUGGCAUUUCAGUAAAGGACAUUCUCUUAGCUUUUACAAUGGAUUAAUUGGCUAUGGAAAUCAAAAAUACUUAAAUUACAUCUGUUUGUGACAGUCCAAAGGUUGUGGAUUCUCAAAUACUAAAUGCUUGGAACUAAAACUUCUCGAAAACCGAAGAGAUUCUAUAGAAUCUUCAAAGGAAUGCUGCCCAACUAUGAUAUAUAUAUUACAUAUAUUUUAAUUAUCACAC